UCGACAAAAAAGAAUUUCCGAAUUUUUAAGUUACUCAUAAAUUGAUGAAUUGAAUGAAAAGUGAAUUGAUCGUGAUUCACUUUUUGAAUCGUUAUAAUAAAAGACAAGUAACAAUGCAAAAUGCACUUUGGUGAUAAACCGACUGAUGUGCAGAGUAAAGAAAUACGUGAGAAGACUGAGAAUUCGAACACAAAUGAAAAUACAAGUAAAAAUGAAAAUGCAUCAGAAAUGGACUGCAAUCAAUCACCACGCUCUUCGACAUCUAUGGAAUUCGCCGGGUUUUCAGUUCCAUCGCAAUCGAACGAAGACAGUGACGAUUCGGCGGACGAACAAGAGGUGAAUCUACCAGCAGAUCCAACCCAUUGGGACGCUGGAAAUAUAAAAGUAUGGUUGAAAUGGAUGACCAAAAAAUUUAAAAUCGAACCACCCCCGGUUCGGUCGCGUUUUCCAAAAACUGGCAAAGAAUUAUUGGAGCUAAGUAAGGCUGAUUUCUGGGUUUGUGCUGGAUCAGAGUAUGGUGGUAAAAAACUGGCGAAAUUCAUUGCUUGGAAACUAACCGAUGCUACUGGUCGAUCGAUACCAUCUCUACAAAACGACACCGAACCCCAUCCUUAUCAAUUGUUGAACGCAGCAUCGCACAGAUUGGUGUCGCAAGGGUCGGGUCAAAUUCAGCUAUGGCAAUUUUUGCUCGAGCUGCUAGCUGAUUCGUCGAAUGCCGAAUUUAUCGUGUGGGAGGGUACAAAUGGUGAAUUCAAGCUCAUCGAUCCAGAUGAAGUGGCGCGCCGUUGGGGCGAACGAAAAGCUAAACCGAACAUGAACUACGACAAGCUCAGUCGAGCGCUCAGGUACUAUUACGAUAAGAAUAUUAUGACCAAAGUGCAUGGCAAACGGUAUGCGUACAAAUUUGAUUUUCAUGGACUGAUGGCAGCAUGCCAGCAACAGGCUCAAGGUGGUGAUCCAACUGCAAGUAUGUUGCAAGCAGCAAAUUAUGGUCGUAGCCUUUCGGCCGAUUCCAUUCAAAGUCCAACGACAAUAUAUCCAACAACCAUACAAAUUCCAUUGAUACCGCCAAUGACAACAGCUAUAUCGACGCCAAGCAUUUUAACGACACAAACAACAUCGGUCACACCAUCAAUAAUCCGACCAUCGGCAUCAAAUGCUUCAACAUCGACCAUUUUUUCGCCACCCUAUUAUUGUCCACCGUACAAUUAAUUGCGGUCAUUUAAACACCGUCGUUAUAUUUCCUUAAAGGGAUUCUCACUCGUAGGUGGCCACUGCCACAUUUGGAGAGUUUUACUCUGGACCCUUUUCACAUACACUCACCCACACUCACAUAAAACAUAAGUAUUCACUUUAUUAAUAAUAGGUCAUUUGUGAUGUAAUUUUAUUACGUAAUUCAACAGAAAAGGAUUUACAAAACAAAACAGUACUUUGACCGGAACACCACUGAUUAUGUUGUGAAUGUGUAUUAUAACAUUCGUUAAUAAAAUGGUAUUAUUACAAGUAAUUUUAGGCUUGAUUCAGCAAAACAAAUGAAAACACCAAAUAAAAAGUUUUAUAAUUCAUUUCACAAAAUUCUUUUGUUUUGCCGACGGCACACAACAAA